UGUAUUUGUAUGUAAGGUAUAAUUGGAAUAUCCACUCCUUCUUGUUCACUUUCAUUAAUUUAUAUUUAUAUAUGUGUGCGUGUACAUGCGUAUACAUAUUCCCUAAAGCACAUAUCUAUAUAUUCACUGUUUCCCUUCCUCCCUCUCCCCCCUCUAUCUCUUCCUCACUUUUCUCUUACCUCCCCUCCUCUCAGAUCCUAGCAUCCUUCAUUUAGAUACGAGGGAGCGGAGUGCACAGACAGAGUGAGAGCGGCACAGUGUGUGUAUAUACAGAGUUUGGUUGGUUUCACUAUCAGCCAGUGUGGCUUUGUGCAAGAGAUACAUACAGGAGGCAAGUUUAUUGUUUGUGUGUAACUGUACACCUUUAGAAAACUAGUGACAAUCAAUCUUACAUAAUGUGAAGCAAUGUGUUUAUGGUAUUAUUGCACCAAUGUGUUUGUACUCAAUGAAUGUGGAUAUAAGUUGUACCUUUUUAUACUAAUAGCUUGUACCUUAAAUGUAGCAGUAGGCGGCUGUAGCAUAUACUUUACACAUUUCUGAUGUUUUUAUAUUUCUUUCUGUGUGUGUCUAUCUUUACAACAGUCGUGUGACUUGGUAAUACAGUGUGCAUGUUUGUAGAAAUGUGUUUGUACUAGUUGUGUGCAUGUGUCAAUUUUACACAUGGAUUAUUGCUGCAGGAUUGGAUUCAUCAACUACUUUUGACAGAUGUGACCUGUGACCUCAAGAUGUGGAGUCACCUGGCUGCUCUCGUCCUGCUGCUCUUGGAGGAGUGUCGAACCCAUACAGUGCAGGAUACAGUGCAGGAUACAGUGCAAGCCUGGGAGAAAUACCAGGACGAAUGCAAUGAGAGGAUGAGGACUGAGCCCCCACUGACUGGCGUUUUCUGCAAUCGUACAUUUGACAUGUAUGCGUGCUGGGGAGAUGUCCCUGCCAAUACGACAAAAGCGGAACCAUGUCCUUUCUACUUACCAUGGCAUACAAAAGUAAAGGAAGGCUUUGUAUUUCGUCGUUGUGGUGCAGAUGGUCAGUGGGUGCGAGAUGACUCGAACAGACCCUGGCGUGACCACGCUCAGUGUGAGAGCCAUGAACCAGAGCAAUCACAACAUGAGACUUGGAUCUUGUCCCAGCUACGUGUGAUGUAUAGCGUGGGAUAUGGGAUCUCCUUGGCUGCACUCAUUGUAGCUGUGUUUAUACUCACACAACUCAGACGUUUGCGUUGCACACGAAACCUGAUCCACUGUAACCUAUUUGUGUCAUUCAUUCUUCGUGGGGUGUCCCUGCUGACACGAGAUGCACUUUUACCACAACACCAUAACAUGAUACAAGGAGAAGGAGAUCCUACCAAUUUACGGACGGAGAGGACCCUAGUUGGAUGCCGUGUGGCUCAGUCUAUCACACAGUAUUGUGCAGCUGCUAAUUAUUACUGGCUGCUGGUGGAAGGCUUGUAUUUACACAACCUGCUUGUUGUCUUGUCAUUCUCUGAAGAAUCUGUGCUGCCCCAUUACAUGCUGCUGGGCUGGGGAGCACCUGUUCUGUUUGUAGUCCCAUGGGUGGUGGUGCGGCAGAUAUAUGAGAACACAGAGUGCUGGGAGAGGAAUGACAUUAGUUCCCAUUGGUGGAUCAUUCGAUCGCCGAUCCUAUUGGCUGUGUUGAUAAACUUCUUUAUCUUCCUGCGGAUAAUUCGGAUUUUGGUGUUGAAGCUACGAGCCAAUCAGAUGAGGAGAAGUGACCGCAAGUACAGAUUGGCCAAGUCAACACUGACACUCAUUCCACUUCUUGGCAUUCAUGAGGCAAUGUUUAAUCUGAUACCCGAGGAGAGUGCAAGGGGCGGUGUGAGGUUUUGCAAGCUGGGGGUGGAACUGCUGUUCAACUCUCUCCAGGGGCUGCUAGUGGCUGUUCUGUACUGCCUCUGUAACAAAGAGGUCCAGGCUGAGCUGCGCAGAAAGCUACAUGGUUCUCUGAGUGGCGGAGGGGUUUCCUGUGCAUCACGGCCUCUCCAUCCUCGCAAAGGAAGACCACGAACUGCUGAAGAUCUGAUGUCUGACAGCUCAGAGACCACUCCUCCUGCAGCCCGGACCAGUCAGUGCUGACUCAAUCUCUGCUUCCUUUAAUCAACCCCACAAAAUUAGUUUGUUUAUUUAUUUAUUGUUACCUUGUGCAGAAGCACAACUUGUGAGUGAUUAAAGCAUAGUUUGAGUUGGUAAUGUCUCAGGUCUAGAUAGUUCCGCAUACAUACAUACAUACAUAUAUACAUACAUACAUAACCUUACAGAAAAGUUAUACUCACGGCCAGGGUCAGAACUAGGGGCAGGCAGAGUAGGUGGCUGCCUAGGGUGCAAUGGGAUGGUCGCUGCUUGGAAUAGGACAGGGGGUCCCCAGCCGUUUUUACCCUGGCGAACAUUCAGAUGUAAAAAGAGUUGGGUAGCAACACAAAAAUGAAAAAUGUUCCUGGCUGUUGCAAAUUAAGUGCAGUGAUUGGCUAUUUGGUAGCUCCUAAAUGGACUGGCAGUCGACAGGAGUCUUUGCUUGUCAGUACCUGGUUUUUAUGCAACCAAAACUUGCCUCCAAGCCAGAAAUUCAAAAAAGGCAUCAGCUUUGACGCUACUGGGAGCAACAUCCAAGGGGUCGGUGAGCAACAUGUUGCUCAUAAGCCGCUUGUUGGGGACCACUGGAGUAGGUAGUAAGUUAAUCAUGGGCGUGGAUGAGAUGUAGUUGAGCAGUUACAGUCCGCUGUGAGUGAUCAGUGGCAAUCUAUAAAUAUAAGGAUGGCGGUUCACCAAGCCUUGGCCAGUAAAGCUUGCCCUGGCGCUGCUCACAGGGGUGUUUUUUCUCAUUUUACCCCUAUGCUCAAACCUCAAACAACUAUCUGGUUGUUUAAUAGUUUAGUUAAGUGAAAAAGAAACACAAAGAAAUAAAUUAAAUUGGCAAAAUGCUUAUUUACGGGCUUAAUUGCAGUUGCGGUCACACAAAAAGUGCUGCAGGCAUUGCGCAAAUUGGUGCCAUUCAGUAAAGGUACUUGUGUUCAAAGCUGCUCCUUGCAUUUUCACAUGGUGGCAUUGUGCUGCCGCUGCCCUGCCUCCCAAUUGUGUGCAAGUUUAUCUACUGAUAAUAGGGAACCCUAUAACUACCACACAGUUACCACCAAGGUCUGCGUCAAUAGACACAGUUUACUUGCAGCUUCAGAAUCACAUAAGAUCUGAUUUUGAUGCCAAGUGCCAGAAAAGACGCAAUCCUGACUCUGUAAAUUUUGUGUGCAAUUGCAUUUGAUUCACACAGUUGGACACAUUGUGACGCAUCAGUAGAAACUGUGUCAGGCGCAUCCCCUCUUGUGGUUACAAUUACACUGCAAUGAUGGGGAAAAACUUGCAACAGAAAUUCCCCUUAAUAAGCUGAACUUGAGAUUGUAAAGAGUCCUUACGUUUUCUGCCAUCUACAAAAUUUGUUUUCAGGUGAUUCAGGGUGUAAGUCACACAGAUGUGUUGAUUGAUCUAGUAUUGUAAAACAAAACUGCUAAAAUCAAAACCUUUGCCUCUGGUACUAGUAGCCUGUUCUGAGUUUGGGAAUCACACCAAUUAUAGCGUAAGAAAACAAAUAAAGCCAGAGAAAAUGCAUGCCAUUGUUCUUCAUUGAAACACGCUGUGUGCUUGCACCUGUAUGCUAUAAAACAGCAGCCCCCAAACUUUUUUGGCCCGAGGACCGGUGUAGAGCCAAAUAUUUUUGCAAGGAUGGGGAGGGGGGGGGUCGGGAGGGGUCGGGAGGGGGUCUGUGUUCAAUUCUGGCGCACCGGCACUGCAUUAAUUGGUCUCUAGUCUCGGCAGCCCAGUUCAAGUCUGUCCGUGGCCUGGCGGUUGGGGACCCCUGCUAUAAAAAAACACAGCUCUAAGGCUAAGGCAUUGGGCACAUGGAGUGCUGCUUCUACUGCUUCCAGUCUGCACUUUUUCUGCAGGUUGGAAGAGCAAAUCCACCCCUUCUGCAUCUCCCCGUGGUUGUAUUGACAAUAACAGCUUCAACCUGCUUGUAGCUACACAGAGUGGAAGCAGAGAUCAGGCCAAAAACAGGAAAGCAGACAUUUUUGGGCCGAUCUCCACUCCAAAAAAAAAUGUAGGCUGAGGGUAGAAGAGCUCUGUGUGCCCAUGGUGUAUUGCCACAUGGAGCGUAUAGGUGCAAGCCCAGCUAAAAGCCCCUCAAAAUCCUUAUUUGAGGUGCAUGUCAUUGUCUCAAAUAGAUGAUUGUCACUGUAGGGUACACAACAAGUCAUGACCCCUGCUAGUUCUGGUUAGCUGUACCCUAUGCCCUGGGACAGGGAUGUGUUCCUAUAGGUUCAGGGUUAUAGCGAGUUGGUCCAGCUCAUAGUUUAUUUAAGUAGAGGGAGCAUAUGGUUCUUCCUCUUUGGACUCUACCUAUUACCAAGGAUGGAUGUUCCUGGAAAGCCAAUGGUCCCAUUAGAUAGUACUAAUGGGUAGACUCAUGGAAUUAUGUAGGUAAUCCCUUUGGUGUACCAUUGAGGUAGUCUGAGACACUGGGAGAAAUAACCUGUGUUGUGUAAUUCCCCAAGAAAGUGUGUAUGUUGUGCCACUGUUGAAUAUAUAUUGAAUAUACUGAGAAGUAUUUGCUGCUAUCUGUUUAAUAAAUUGUUAUUUGGUUCAAGAACCACUGGCACCCAC